AUGAGCUCAUUCUUGCUCAGCCUCAGAUUUUGUUACAGUUCAAAUACCAGUGCAAGGAAAGAAGAAAAAAGUUUGAUUGAAGAGAAGAAGAAGAAGAGUGAUAAUAUGGGGUUGAGAUUGAACGAAACAUUCUACGUUUCGCAUGGAUCACCAGCUCUGGCCGUAGAUGAUUCGAUUCCGGCGAGGAAGUUCUUCAGUUCCUGGAAAGAGCGGUUUCCGACGCCACCCUCCGCCAUUCUCGUCGUCUCCGCCCACUGGGACACUCGUGUUCCCACCGUCAACGUCGUUGACCGAAACGACACCAUCUACGACUUCUAUGGCUUCCCCGAAUCCAUGUACAAGUUGAAGUAUCCAGCACCAGGGGCACCAGAGUUGGCGAGGAGGGUGAAGGAGCUUCUGAUAGGAUCAGGGUUUGAGCAUGUGAAUGAAGACAUGAACCGUGGGCUUGACCAUGGUGCAUGGGUGCCACUGUCGUUGAUGUAUCCUGAAGCAGACAUACCAGUGUGUCAACUCUCACUUUCAUCCAACAAAGGACCCACUUACCACUAUAACAUGGGAAAGGCUUUGGCCCCUCUCAAAGAUCAAGGUGUUCUUAUCAUUGGCUCUGGAAGUGCCACCCAUAACCUCAAAGCUAUGGGCCCUCGUAAUAGCCCACCUGCUCCAUGGGCUCAGGCUUUUAUGACAUGGCUCAAAACAUCUCUUCUUGAGGGAAGGUACGAGGAAGUGAACGAAUACGAAGAGAAAGCCCCAUAUGCAAAAAUGGUUCAUCCCAGGUCAGAUCACUUCUUGCCACUGCAUGUAGCCAUGGGAGCUGCUGGUGAAAAUGCAAAGGCCAAAGUUAUUCACGAUAGUUGGGAUGCUGGUUCUAUUUCUUGUGCUUCUUUCAGUUUUACAGCUGCUAACGCUUAAUACCACAUGCUCAUUGCUUCUCCACAUUCUUCACUGUGUUGUCUUCAUAUAUAUGUUACCAAAUUCGUUCGAAUUACCACAAAUACAUUGUUAUGUUCAAUAACCACAUCUGAUCAUGUGAACUUGCUGUUUGUUUAUUGUA